UUCUGGUAAUGUAACGGAUAAGAAAAUGGCUUGCAAACCUGGGGAAAGACCAACUUUCUUUGAAAUAUUUAAGGCACACUGCAAUGAAUCAGAUUUAGGGCCUAUCAGUCUUAAUUGGUUUGAAGAACUCAGUGCUGAAGCACCCCCAUAUGAGCCCAAAUCGUUUGGAGAGGUUGAUGGGCCCUCUGGCUGGCUUGAUCAAACAGCUUUUAAAACUCCAAGGACAAAACCCUCUACAUACAGUCAGCUGGCAUCAACCCCACUGCUCUUUAAAGAACAAAAUGCAAUAUUGCCACCUUCUCCUGAAAAAGAGCCAGAUCAGAAAAAAAUAGGAGCAAAUAGAGAGAAUUUGAUAAGCCCAAGUAACAGAAGAAGAAAAUUAGACCAAGAAAAUGAAAUACUUGCUUCUCCUCCUGGUACCUUCCACAACUGCCUUGCUGCUAGUCCAGCUAUUUUAAGGAAUACUUACAGAACACCUCAGAGAAAUAAUAUCCCUGGACCAUAUGGAAGCUUGUUUUGCACACCAAAACUUUCGGAGGUCAGAACUCCAAAAUGUAUUUCUGAAAGUCUGGGAGCAGAAGUGGAUCCAGAUAUGUCCUGGUCAAGUUCAUUAGCCACACCUCCUACCCUUGGUGAAACAGUGAUAAUAGCUAGAGAGAAUGAUUCUAUUUCUGAAGCAAAGCGACAGGAUGGAAGGGCUGAUACAAUUUUGCACAACUAUUUUUCCAAGCAUGACAAAUGUCCUGGAAUAAGUGAUGCAAGUAUGCUGUCUGUACCAGAGACAGUAAAGCUAAAUGCUGAAGAUGACAUCAAAGAUUUGGAGUCGGAGGUGUUAGAUGGCUUACUGGGUGAGAUGGAUAGCUCUGAGGACACAUUCAGUAUGCCAGCUGAGUCCAGUAGAACACUUCUGCUGAUGCCACAUGCUCUGGAUGCAGUAGAGAAAUAUGAGAUAAAUCCAGAUAAAGCACAGGAAAAGGGGGAUGUUCCCUCUCAGCAGCCUAAUGGAAGAAAGAAUGGCAUUUCACAGGAAGUCAAAACAAAUAGCUGGACUGAAAACAGCCUCUGUACUCAGGUGAACAGUUCUUUACUCCAAAACACCCAUGAAGAUACAGGGGAUGGUAAAGAUGGCAGUUUAAUAGGACACGAAAAAGAAUUGGAGUCUCUCAGGAAAGCAGGAGAUGUGCAUGAUUGUAGACCACACAAGUCCUUUGAGAAUGAGAGGCCUGUGAAAGAAGGUGUGCAGUCUCCACCAAGCCAGUGGUCUCAACUGAACUCUGAUCUUGAUGGAACUCACCGGGAGAUGUCUGUAUGCAGUUCUCUGCCCUCUGACUUGCGUAGGGAGGAAAAUUUAGAGGAAAAGUCAUUAUUAAUGGCCAAGGAUGAUGUUGCAGAAACAUCUUUACUGAACUCUUCAGGACUGAUAAAAGCACAAAAGCUGUUCAAUGUCGAUUUGUCAGAAAAAAGCCGUGAAAUGAAAGACACUGAAAGCAACCCAACAUCGGAAAUAACACCAGUAAAAUCUGUGUCAUUGGGUGUUCAAGAUCCAGAGUUAGCAAAAGAAUGUGCAGCUGAGGUUUCCAAAAUGAGCUUCUCAAACUGUAAUUCUUUUUUAAUUGAACAUGCAAAUGUCACAGAGUAUUCUUUAGUCUACGGUGGCAACUUUUCCAAGCAUUUAAAAGCAGCUUCUAAAUCUGUCAUAACUGAUGUUCUGCCUCACCCACUUGUGUGUAGUGCCACAUCUCCAGAUAACUGUGAUGACCUACAUUUAAUAAAUAGUGAAAAUACUCCUACGAAGUCUGGCUUUAAAAACCUGAAAAUGUUACCCAGCUUGAGAAAAAGAUCCAAGAAAUUUAUUUAUAGAAUAAAUAAUACUUUACUGUAUCAAGAAGAAAAAAUACAAAAAGAAGUAACCUCUGAAUCACCUAUUCAUUCUGUAUUGCCACAUUUGGAAUCUGAUUCAUACGAAUUUAGAGGCUGUCUGGUGGCCAGUGAUGUUAAGCAAGACCACUUUCUUCCUGCUGAGAGAAAGCAUUUGGAAUCAAAUACCAGCGCUAAGAAUUUCAGCACUUCUACUUCAAAAAUUGAUAUAAUGGAUAACUCAUCUGGUAAUUCCUUCAGUGAUACGCUAGAACAAGACCUGAGAGACUUGGGGGAAAAUGCAAGAGAGGAUCAACCUGCUACAUCAAUAAAAUGCUUAGAAGUAUCUAAUACACUGAAAGAAGGCAUAACAAAUUCUUUAAAUAGUGAGAUUAUUUCAAAUAUAAAACGUAAAGUUCUGACUUCCGCAUGCCUAAUGGCAAGAAAGCGUUCCAAAUUACUCCCUGAAACAACCUGUGCUUUAGAGAAAGGUAAAGAAGACAACAUGAGUGCUAAGGUGAACGAUGGAGCUGCUGCACCUCAGAGCCUGGAAGAGCUUGGGUCUUCUCAGAGGGACAGGGAAGUCUUGGUUGAUAUUCAGGGUGACUCUACAUCUGUGACAAACAGCAGUUCCCAUAAUACAUUGUGUCAGAUCAACUUGGGCAUAACUGGAGUCAGUAGUGGCUGUUGCAAUAAGUUAUCACCCCAUAAAAGGCAUGCUACAGACCAGAGGUCUGGAGUUGACUGUAGAGAAGUACACAGACCCUUGGGAAUAAACUGCUCAGAAUAUGACAGUACAGGAUUAAAACAAGGGGAGAAAACAGAUGCAGGUGCCUUUUCAGAGGAUCCAGCCAACAAUGAAGACCCAAAGCCAACUGAAAACAGUAAAAGUCCUCAAGCAGCUGCAUUCAGUAAUGUAGCUGUAGACAUUUCUAAAGAAUUAUUAGAUUGUAUAGAUAAUAAUUCUUUAAAUGAAGUAAUUUCUGCAGAAGAUAAACAAAUAGCACCCAUGUGUUCCAGCAAAAAGCCAAACAAGAACCUAAAGUGUAAAAGGGAGUCAUCAGUGAAUCUUAAUGCAUGCAGUUUGAAUCUGGGCUUCAGUGGUUUUCAGACUGCUUCCAAUAAGCAGAUUAAAUUCUCUGAAGCCAGUAUAGCAAAAGGCAGAUUGCUGUUCAAGGAUAUUGAAAAUGAAUGCUUUGAAGCCUCUUCCAUGGAAAGAGUCAGUAACUUUCCACAUAAAGUUAAAAAGGAAAAUAUAUUAUUCUCAGGUUCAAAAAACAAGUUGGGCAGUAAUUCAUCUGAUUCUUCAGAUUCACAGGCAAGUUUUCUUGAGCCCAGGCAUGCAGAGUUUAUUCCACAUAAAGUUGGCUUGUGUAAAAGCUUUCCUGGAACUCCACAAGCCUUGCAAGAAGCAAAUCAAACCUUGACAGCAAGUCAAGAAGCUGAAAUUGCUGAACUUUCCAGUAUCUUGGAAGAAACUGGUAGUCAGUUUGAAUUUACACAGUUUAGAAAGCAAAAUAACACAACACAAAGUCGCAGUCUGCAAAAAUUAGGAACUGUGGAAACACGUAGAAUAAAGAAUGUAGAAAAUAUUUCUGAAACAAGGAAAGAUAUGGGGGUUUGUAGCACUUUAAAAUCAGAAAAUCAAGUAAAAAAUGACAAGUUUUGUACUCAGGAGGAGGACACAAAUGAAGAUUCUGAAUUGGUGGAAAAUGAAAAAGAAAAUGCAGUGUUUUUCCACAAAAAUGACAAAAAGGUUACUUUUACUAACUUAGACAUAAAUGAAAGUAGAAGAUCUGAUGAGAGCUUUCCCAUACCUAAACAGGACAGCUUUUCUAAUUUCAUAGGAUUUACUUCAGCUGGAGGUAAAAAAAUAAAUAUUUCAAAGGCAGCUUUGAGUAGGUCUGCAGAGCUCUUCAGAGACUUGGAUGAUGAUAACUAUUUGUUCAAAUCUUCUGAAACUGGUACUAGAUGUCACAAUUCAAAUGGAUCUAUGUCUUCUAAUAGUAAUUCUUCCAGAUGCCUGACAAAAGAAAGCAAAGAAAAAACUGUUUCAGAUUUCAAAAGUGUUUCCCACACAGGUUCUGUUUCCUAUCAUGCACAGAAUAAAAAUGAGGAAAAUACUAGUACAGGAUUCAAGGAAGAUAUGGAAAAUAAGACCAAAAUAUCAGUAAAUAAUAUUGAAAAUGUUAGCUUCGGUAGCAUUAGCAUUCUCAACUGCCUAUUAUCCACUAAAAAUCGUAAGCAGAAUUUUAAAACUUCUAAACAAAUUUUAAAUCCAGGAGAUGAUGAAGGCAAUUUGCAAGACCACUCAUUAGAUGUAACAUGUCUAGAAGAUGCUAUUACGACUGCAGAAGAACACAGUUUAAAUACAUCAUGCGAAAUGGAAAACCAUUCUCCUAAGCAGAAGGGAGAAGACAGAAAGGAAGAUGAGUGUUUGUCACCAAAGUUUCAGACUCCAGCUGCUGGUGAUAUUUCCAUUCCUGAUGCAAUUUUGGAUCAUUCUCUGCCCUUGUUCAGUGUACAGUGCGGAGAAGGAGAUGUACAUGUUUUGGAGAACUUUGAUAAAGAAAAAAUAAAUUGUAAAAAUAUAGAAGACACCGCUCAUGGUAAGGACCUGCUAGUGAAUGAAAGCAGAAUAGAAAUAGGUUCUUACCAUCAUUGUCAAAUACCUCUUGAACAAGAGGUAAAUGUGGGGGAAAAUAAAGUGGAAGGAAGUUAUCUGACUGGUUUUCAUACUGCUAGUGGCAAGAAAAUAGCAAUUGCUGAUGGAUUUUUGGCUAAAGCGGAACAGUUUUUCGCAGAUGUUGAUGUAGGAAUGGAACAUGACAAUUUCGAGAACCUCAUCAAGAAAAGGAAAUUUGGCAAGAACUGUGUUAAAGACUGUGAUUUAGGUAUUGAAAGCAUUGCUCAGUGUGACUCAGAAAAACCCAAUUUUAAUGAAAAGCUUGUUCCUGAAGAGCUUGGAGAUCAGUUUAAUCAGGCAAUAGAGCGCAGUCCUAUUAAACAUGCUGUGAUUCUUGAUCCUGGUGAAGUUGAUACAUUUGUUGAUCUAGGUGAAGCUUGUGAAGGGGGUUUGGUACCUUCACAUGCACAUAAAAAAGCUGAUGUCAAACCUGGAAAGUCAGCAUUGGAAUCCCAUAUAGGACAGAAGAGUGAUGCUUUAAGUAGAACUCAUUUGUCUGAAGAUAGAAACUUCCUUGCAGAGAAAAAGGUGCCCUACUCACCAAGAAAAAGGGAUGAUUCAGAAAACACAGAUGAUUUUCCUGUGCACUCUGCUGCGUCUCUGCAUUUAAUGAAGGUGCCACAUGACCUCGAAGAUAACUGUGUGCCUGGAGAUACAAAAAAUGCUUUAUUUGUUAAGGAGAGCAACAAUAAAGCUGAUCAAUCACUCCUCUUAGAUUCAAAAAGUAGCUGCUCUUACAUGAAUGGUGACAGUAAGGAAUUUGACUUAGAACAUUUAAAUGAACCUGCUGCUGAUAAAAAUAGCUUCACAGGCACCAUAGCUAAUGCUUGCCAAAACCAAUCACUGAUGAGUCUUCCUGAAGAGGAAACUAAUUUUAGCAGGUUAAAAGAAACAACUCUUAAGGUUGAAAAGCAAAGAGGUCAUCUGAAACAAACUGUGUUUAGCACAGCAAAAGGGAGAGCUGUGUCUGUUUCAGAAAGUGCAUUAGCAAGAGUCAGACAAAUAUUUCAAGACUGCAGUGAAGCUGUAAAAUAUGAAAUAGAGCCUAACUCAAAAACGAAUCAAACAGAAAUUGCUAGAAAUUCAUCUGUAGUCCUUCACACUGAGUAUCCUAAUUCUGCUGAACUUUUUAAUGCUAGAACAAGUGAAGAGGUUAAUUCAGCCGCAUCCCAAUUUAUUAAAGUAAAUGCAAGUGCUGAUGAAGACAGUCACCAAGAAGGAAACACAUCUGCAGAUGCAAAGUCUGUUUCAAAUUCUCAGAAGCAAUCCUUUGAGCAGAAUAUUAAGCUUUUAGGACACUUUGUUCCAAAUAAGCAGAUAAAGCCAUCAGAUGCUUCUACAAGCAAUUUUGGAUUUUUUAACACAGCUAGUGGAAAGCCUGUACAGCUUUCAGAAGAGUCACUCAGGAAAGCUAGACAACUCUUUUCUGAAAUGGAAGGUAAUCAUUCACAACAUGUACAAGAAGCAUUUUUAGUUGAGGAAGAUGUUGAAAAGUCCAAAAUGCAUACUGAAGUACUUCCUAGGAGAAUGCAGGUAGUUUCAUCAAAAGGGGUAGAAAAUACUAGCCCUGAAUUGAUUUCAGAUUCUGCUUUUGGCUUCAGCACUGCUAGUGGAAAGCAGGUAAAAGUUUCUAAAGAUGCCUAUCAAAAAGCAAAGGCAAUUUUAGAAGAAUCUGACUGUAUUUUGGAUAGUGGGCUUUGCACUACAGAUCAUCUUAGUUCAAUUAAAGACAGUGGUCAACAUGUAAAAUCUUUAACAGAUAAGGUGAUCUCAGAAUUCAAAACUGAAAAAGGCUGCAAUCAAAACUCUGACUUUAAAAGCACCUGCCCCCAGGAAAUAAAGUAUUUUCCAAGUACUUACUAUGUCAAAAUGCCUGAGCACACACCAUACAAAAAGGAAAACAAGCAGUUAACCUCAUUUGAAAAUAACUUGCAGCAAGAGGAAACUGAGUCUUUUGGAAAAGGGCAGCUGAAUCUGGGGUCAAAACCAGAGUCUGAAGCAAUUUCAUGCAGUGCUGCUGCUAAAGCAGAAAUUGAUACUAAUCUUCUCCAAAGUCCAAAAAAUUAUUUGGAAGUAGAGGCUGCAGAAAGUGCAAGAGCUUUCAUGGAAGACAGUUUUUCCAGUUCUGGAGUACAAAUUAAUGCUGCGCAGACCUUCAGUGGCAGACUGGAUAAAAACUUCCAAAAUAAAAGCUUUGGGAAGAGGCGCUUUGAAGAAAACAACUCACUUGGUGAACCUCCAAUUAAGAGGCAGCUUCUGCUUGAAUUUAACAGAACAAAGGAUUCCCCCAGGUCUUUGAAAGCUUCAAAAAGUACCCCUGAUGGCAUUUUUAAAGACAGAAGAAAAUUUAUGUACCAUGUGCCUUUAAAACCCAUAACUUGUCAGCCUUUUGGGUCAACUAAAGAACGACAAGAAGUCAAGAACCCUACCCUUACUCUGCCAGAUCAAGACUUCAGAGGAUUCCAAUCCAAACCUGCCAUUUUUCAGCACUGUGCUCUCAGGCACUCUUCAGACAGUGCUGCAGAGGCUUCCACUCCCUGUAAGGCUUCAACAAAAGAGAGUGAAGAAAUGAGAAGUUUGUACAAACCUGGCAAAGCUGCUAAAACUUUUAUUCCACCCUUCAAAACCAAGCUGACAUUUUCUACAUGUGAACAAGGCAGCAGCAAAAGAAGUGACUCACCCAUCAGCAAAAGUAUGACCAAGGAGAUGGAACUAAAUCAGAUCAGAACUGAACAAAAUACUGCUGACCCUCAAGAUCACCAGUCUGAUAUCCAGCAGGCAGCAGACACUGACCUAGAAAAUGGCAAUUUAGCUGUGACCUGGAUGGUGACAAAUCUUCGCUGUGCCAGAGAUCUGCAGGAAAUGAGAAUUAAAAAGAAAUGUAGGCAAAAUAUUCGUUCACAGCCGGGCACUCUUUAUGUCAUUAAAACAUCUGCAAGCAAUAGAAUCUCUCUGAAAACUGCAGUAGAAGAGAAAUCUCCUAGCUUUUAUUCUACAGAAGAGCUAUACACAUUGGGUGUUUCAAAACAGUGUGUACAAGUUAACAGCACAAAUGCAGAAUCUUUCCAGUUUCUCAUCAAAGACUUUUUCAGUAAGGAGUAUUUGUUAGCUGGAAAUGGAAUGCAGCUUGCUGAUGGAGGAUGGCUAAUACCUACAGAUGAGGGAAAAGCUGGGAAAAAGGAGUUUUACAGAGCCCUCUGUGACACUCCUGGUGUGGAUCCCAAUCUAAUAACAGAGGCCUGGGUUUACAAUCACUACAGAUGGAUUAUAUGGAAAUUGGCAGCAAUGGAAGUGUCUUUCCCACAUGAAUUUGCUAACAGAUGUUUGACACCAGAAAUGGUCCUGUUGCAGCUGAAAUAUAGGUAUGAUUUGGAAGUUGAUAAAAGUAAACGAUCAGCAAUCAAAAAAAUAAUGGAAAGAGAUGAUGCAGCAGGUAAAACACUUGUACUGUGCAUUUCCAAAAUCAUAUCGCUGGACGCAGUUGCAUCUCCUGGCAAUAGCAAUAAGAACAUGGAAAGUAAAAAAGCAGCAGCUUUAAUUGAAGUUACUGAUGGCUGGUAUGGGAUCAGAGCUCUUCUGGAUCCACCUCUCAAAGCUUUCUUAGAUAGAAGAAGGCUGACUGUUGGUCAGAAGAUCAUAGUGCAUGGAGCAGAACUUGUUGGUCCUCAAAAUGGAUGCACACCACUGGAAGCCCCAGAUUCCCUUAUGUUAAAGAUCUCAGCGAACAGCACUCGCCGUGUGCGAUGGCACACAAAACUAGGAUUUCAUCGGGAUCCCAGACCUUUCCCUUUGCCUCUGUCAUCGCUCUACAGUGAGGGGGGUGCCGUGGGGUGUAUUGAUGUGGUUAUUCAGAGAACUUACCCUGUUCAGUGGAUGGAAAAGACGACAGCUGGUUCCUACGUUUUUCGUAACAGCCGAGCUGAAGAAAGGGAAGCUGCCAAGCAUGCAGAGGAUCAGCAAAAGAAACUGGAAGCUCUGUUUGCAAAAAUCCAAGCAGAAUAUGAAAAGCAUGAAGAGAGAUCCAGCAGAAGAACACCAAGAUCACGGAUAGUCACAAGACAGCAAAUCCGUAAUUUGCAAGAUGGUGCAGAGCUUUAUGAAGCAAUUCAGAAUGCAUCUGAUCCUGGUUAUAUGGAGGGAUAUCUCAGCGAUGACCAAUUAAAAGCCUUGAAGGCUUACAGGCAGCUGAUGAAUGACAAAAAACACACUCAGAUGCAGGAACAACUCAAGAAGGCUUUAGAGUCAGCAGAACAGGAAGAAAAUGGUUGUUACAAGAGGGACGUGUCUGCAGUAUGGAGAUUAUAUGUGACAGAUUACAGAAAGCAAGAAAAACAUAAAGGAGCAGUACUGAGUAUCUGGCGCCCGCUGCCCGACGUGUGUUCCUUGCUGAAGGAAGGCACUCGCUACAGGAUCUUCCAGCUGUCAGCAUCCCAGCCCAGGGGCAGGGCAGACUCCACCAACAUCCAGUUAACAGCCACCAAGAAAACUCAGUAUCUACAGCUACCAGUAUCACAGGAGAUGCUGGUACAGAUUUUCUUUCCAAGAAAGGCUCUAGAAUUCACCAGUUUGUUGGAUCCUUCUUUUCAGCCACCAUGUGCUGAAGUGGAUUUAGUCGGAGUUGUAAUUUCUGUUAGCAGAACAGGUUUCACUACUGUGGUGUACUUAUCUGAUGAAAGCUAUAACUUAGUGGCAAUAAAGAUCUGGACAGAUCUCAGACACUUGGCUAUUGAAGAUGUGCUUGUCCGCUGCUCACUCAUUUCUGCAAGCAACCUUCAGUGGCAGUCUGAAUUCAGAUCAGAAAUUCCCGUGCUGCUGGCUGGAGAUCUUUCUUUAUUCUCAGCCAGUCCAAAGGAAUUCUAUCUUCAAGAGAAGGUUAAUGAACUGAGAAGUGUGAUAGAGAACGUGGCCUCCUUUUGCUCUGAUGCAGAAAGUAAAUUGAUGAAUUUGCUACGAAGAAAUCUCUUGCUUACACCCAGUUUAACUAAAAGAUGUGGUUUGGAAAGCCCCUCUCCUUCCUGCAGCUUUGCAGAGGAUAAAAGUUUGAUGUCUUCUAGAACUGAAAUGAAGUAUCCAAGCCCUUUGUCAACUAGCACACCAAGCAUGAAAGUUGUCACACCAGGGUCAGCAAAAGCACCUUCAUCUGCUACAGUUGAUGAAGACCACCUCAAAACCAGCAAAAAGAGAAAAGCUAUGGACUUCCUCAGUUGCAUACCUGCUCCUCCACCACUGACACCAAUAUGUUCAGUAAUUUCUCCAUCUGUUAAAAGAGCAUUUCAGCCUCCACGAAGUUUGGGUUUACAGCACAGCAAGUCACCUAAAGUGACAGAUCAGAAUAGUGGCUAUGUCACCCCUUGCAGAAAAGUGAGAGAAACUGUCCAUCUUCCUGAGAAUGACCUGGUUGCUGAUGAAGAACUGGCAAUGAUUAAUACACAAGCACUCGUGAAUAAUUUACCAGAAGAAAAGAAGAUGGAUGUAAAUGAAAACAGCACUGCAACAGCUACUACUUUAUCUGAUGAUCUUUCAUCCAGAAAUAGUUCCAGGUCUACUGGGGAAGCAAAUAACUCAUCAAAAUCAGUUCUGAAGUAGCUAAGGCUCUUCAGAAGAACAAAAGGAAUCUGAGGACUCCUUACCCACCCAACAGACUCUAAAAAGACCAAAAUCCUGAAAAUGCUGCUAAUGCACAUGUACAGUAUUGUAUAUAUUUCAAAUUCAAAUUAUUUUUACAGUUUGUACAUUAAAACUUGAUUGUAUUUAAUAAAGUUCUAUUACAAAAACAGACUCAUUAAAUACCACUUCAUUUGCAAAAUAGUUUGAAGUUUAGUAUGUAAACACUUCUCACAAAGAUGUACUGUACAAGAGCUUCAGUGUGGCUGAAGGUUUGAUGACAUUUUUGUAAGCCAUUGAUUCUGUGUUCUUAUAUUACAGCAGGAUCUUUGUUUCAGUCUAAAGCCAUCAGUUUUGUUACGCUCUGAAACAUUAGAAUAGUUGUUCGGCUGUCCAAAGUGGCACAGGGCACAAUAAAAAGUUCUCUUAUUUUCACCAUACAGAACACUUUAAUCCUGAAAUGUUGGUCUGCUAUUCUGGCACAGUUCUUGUACUAUUCUCUUCAGACUUUCCAUAUAGCACUAAAAAAGCUUUAAAGAACAGCUGUGAUUAUUUGAUUCAGAGCAAAAUGCCAUGCAAUAGUUCCUUGGUCUGUGUUUCUGCUUCAGCUGUUCAGAGCUGCUCCUGUAGCCGUGUUCCCACUUAGGAGUUAACAUGCACAAGCCUAACACUAAUGUUUCAUUUUUGGAGCCUCUCCAUCUUGGGAUCAGUGAACUCCUAUGUCUUGGCAAGGUGAAGAGCUAAGUUUGUUCUGUUGAAGUGUUCUGCUUCCAGGCUGGAGAAGCUGUGUGUGAGGUAAGACCAGCAUGAAUCCAGUCAGUGAAAAGGGAUCAGCAUCAAAUCUUGCUACAAUCAGUUGAGCUACUUUUUGUAUCAUUCACUUUGCCUCUGAAAGUUACAGUAGAUACAAAAAGUGUAUACAGUCACAUAUAAAGCAUAAAAAUGGCAAGAAAUGCCAAUUGUGUGGGGAAAGAAUUGGCCACA